GCGCGCUUCUGGGUGGUACCAGAGUGCUUUGCGGCAACAUGGCUGCCCCCAGGCUACGCUGCGCUCGCCUAGUUCGGUCCUUGUUGGGGGCCUGGCAGCUGGGCCCGCGUGCUGCGAGGGAGUGGGAGGCUCCGCCCGGCUUGCUUCUAGGUAACCAGGUGAGGUGCGUGUCCUGUGGUGUCGUGGGCUCCGCUUCCUCUGGUCCGCUCCUGGCCUCCGCCUCCAGUCGUUAUGGUCAGGACUCCGCCUUGGACCGUAUCCUUGGAUUCCCUCAGCCUGACAGUUCGUUGGCUCCGAGCGUCCCCGCGGUGUCGGUGCACAGAGAUUCUGGAGUGCCGAGAUUACAGGUGUUAGCCUUGACCAGCCCCUGAUGGUUUUAGCAGUGGAAGUCGUGUAUCUUAGGUAAAAUCUGUCUCUGGGGAUAUCAUUUUCGCCUCUCUCGUUUCAUAGAAAAUAAAUCUGAGUCCAAACAGAGACGAGUAAUGACGGGUGUUGAAGAAUUUGAGAAUGAGGAUGUGCCACCGCCGCCCGGCUUUCUUUUGUUGUUUGGACACAGGGUUUCUCUGUGUAGCCUUGGUUGUCGAGGAACUCACUCUACAGAGUGACCUCGAACUCAGACUCGCAGAUGUGCUUCCCAAGUGCUGGGAUUAAAAGUAUGAGCCGCCCCCACUGCUCAGCCAUAUCCUUUGUUUGUUUUUGUUUUUCGAGACAGGGUUUCUCUGAGGCUUUGGAGGC